AUGGUUCUCUCUCAAGGCGACAAAUUCCCAUCCGGAAUCGAAUUCAAGUACGUUCCAAUUGAAUUGGAGACCCUUAACCAGGAUGACGGGCUCUCCUGUGGCAGACCCUUGUCUUUGCCAUUGGACAAUUUGUUCGACAACAACAAGGGCUCCAACAUCUUGUUUGUGGCUGUGCCAGGUGCUUUCACCCCUACUUGUACUGAAAACCACAUUCCUCCAAUCUUGGAGCACUUGAAGGAGUUGAAGUCCAAGAAGAACAUCUCCACAGUGGUGUUCUUGAGUGCCAACGACCCAUUUGUCAUCAAUGCCUGGGGUAAGUUGUUGUUGAAGCAGCAGAAGAUCUCUGCCACUGAUGGCUUGCCAAAGAUCAUCUUUGCUUCGGACCCUAACGCCGAAUUCUCCCUGAAGAACGGUAUUUCUUUGGACUUGACCUCAGCUGGUCUCGGUGUCAGGACCAACAGAUACGCUUUGGUGGUCAAUGCCGACGCCCACACUCUUUCCUACGUUGGUGUGGAGUCUGAGCCAGGUGUGACCGUGUCAGGCUACGACGGCAUCGCUUCUGCCAAAUUGUAA